AUGGCCGCCGUAGACGAGAAGCAUGUCAAAGCUCUGGCUGAGAGUCCGGGCAGUCAAACCGAUGGCAACCAUACCGAAAUCGAUUGGUCAGCCGAGGAAGAGCAGCGUCUAGUCCGCAAAGUCGAUCUCCUCAUCAUGCUGCUUCUAAUUCUUGCCUUCUUUGCCCUACAACUUGACCGCAGAAAUAUCAACAUUAACUUUGACUCCUUUUGCAAGAUCCCUAGCAACUUGAUUCUUUACAGAAUCGGACCGACACUCUGGAUAGGUGGCCAAAUCGUGGCAUGGUAA